AUGCAAUCGCUCAGUUGCGGUGCCAGAGAUUUGACCAGCCGCACUAACGCCUUUGAGACCACGCCCCUGAUUAGCCAAUACGAAAACGGCGCCUACGCCAAGCCCUUCUUAGCAUCUGCUUUCCGGCCUUGCAUUUCCAACUCAGCAUUGCGCUCGACGGCCCCGGCGGAAGAGUCGAUUGAAUAUUUUCAGCUGCGCGCUGCUUCCGCCAUCCUCCAGCGCCGACGCGACCGCAUCGCCGUUUCCUUGCAGCGCGGUCGUCCCAGCGGCCGUGCCCUUUCCACCAUUCCCACGGCUUCAUACGAGCUCCAGGCAAUCUCAACCACAGCCGACCCGCCCUCCCUAGGCGCGCAGACAGACACUCACGCCGACGCCAUCGCCUCAGUCCCUGCCUCUCACCAGCCUGCUCGCUCCGGUCCUUCCAAGGCACCUGCCACUGUGACAGAACCUGUAUCACCGCAUCGUCCCGUCUUUCAUAAGCAGGCCCAACGUUCGAUAUUUCGCAGCCUCACGACAUCAGGCGCAAAUCCGACUCGUUUGCAGCGCCUCUCGUCUGCUAGCUUGUGGAAUCCUACCAACUCUACUCCCAGACUUUCCACCCACAGGCGGCGCCCUUCAAGCCCGAUUGGUCCUCCAGUACCGCUGCAGCAUCCAGCUCUCGACGAUUCUACCAACACCGCGGACCCAAACAUCACCGGCGCUGGCGACUAUCCUCUGCUCACUCUCACCGAACAUAUACAGGCGAGGCACUCCACGUCAACCCCGCUUAGCUUUCAGUUCGAUUUGAACACAACGGAUAACAAGCGAAUAAGCUUACCUGGGUCUGUCCGUGCGUCGUACGACGAGAGACGCUCCCAAACACUCUCUCCAACCCGGUUUGACUUUCAGAAUAGAACCAGCAGUGACGUUAACGGUGAAUCGCCACCGCCCGUAAACAUACCCAGGGUCGACAAAGGGAAAGGCAUCAUGAUGCCUGAAAAUGAAGAAUCCAGGCGGUCCUACUCCAGAGACCUGGAGCGAGGGCCGGAUGUGAUGGACACCCAUCGCUUCUCCAACGUCUCUAUUGGGGACGGCAUAGGAUCUGCAAUCUCUUCGUCCAACUCGUCUAUCAUGGGUGAAGAGAUUCAACCAGACCUGGGAGAGUCUUGGGGACCGCAGCAUCCAUGCUUCCCUCACUUGAACCCUCAUGUACCGACAGACUCUGCCGAGUAUGCCAAGACGCGGAUAAUCCGAAUUCGCCGCGACUGGCUUCUCCAAGGCGACCUGGCUCCUACCUUUUCAAAUCUCUACCCUGAAAUCCUGGAUCCUGCCGGGGUUCCUGAACCUGAAUUCCGGCGCAUCAUUGAUAAGCUCAACAAAGAGCUGAUACCGGCCUUCGACCCCUAUAAUCUUCGAAAUAUGUUUGACGCAUUUGUUGGGCUCGCAACUGGCUGGUUGUGGGAUGAUUUCGGUAUGACCGGUAUUAAGUCUCGACUCAACAACCUAGAGGCGUGGAUCGAACAGUGGAAUCGAGAAAAAGAAAAGACCAUGUCUUCUGAGGAUGGAGUUCUUCCCCCGAAGCUGAUUUCGCUCCGCCGCACGGGGUACAUGACUCUGGACAUACAAAUUCCAGACCCAGAGAUUGCGCCAGCGCCAAGUAGUACCGGUGCUGGCGAGUCAAUGACAGCUCUACCACUUGAACCAGCACCCGUUCUUGUUGCGUAG